AUGCCCAGCGACGUACGCAUGCACGUCAUCCUCGUCCCGUUCCCGGCGCAGGGCCACUUCGCCGCGUUCCUCUCCCUCGCGGCGCGCCUCCACGCCGCGCUGCCCACGGCGGCCAUCACGCUCGUGUCCACCCCGCGCAACGUGGUCGCGCUCCGCGCAAGCUCCUCCUCCGCGGCGGCGGCGGGGGCGCCGUUCCUCAGGUUCCACGCGCUGCCCUUCGCGCCAGAGGAGCACGGCCUGCCGGCGGGGGCCGAGUCCGCCGACACCGUCCACGUCCGCCACUUCCUCGCGCUUUUCCAGUCUACCGAGUCGCCCGCGCUCCAAGCCGCCUUCGACGCCUUCCUGGCCGGCGUCUGCGUCGACGCUGCUGAAGAAGAACCGGUCGUCGUCGUCGCUGACCCCUUCCAGGCGUGGACGACCGCCGCCGCGGGCCGGCGCGGAGCAGGCCACGCGUUCCUCGACUCCUGCGGCGCGUUCGGCAGCGUGGUGUACCACUCGCUCUGGAACCACCUCCCGCUCCGGCGCGCGCCCGGAGGCGAGGCGGAGGCGUUCUGCCUGCCGGACCACCCGGAGGUCACGGUCCACCGCUCGCAGCUCCCGGCGCACCUCCUCCUCGCCGACGGCACGGACCCGUGGUCCGCCUUUCAUCGCCGGCAGAUAGCGCUCGGGUACGGCACCGACGCCGUGCUCAUCAACACCGCGGAGGAGUUGGAGCCGGCCGAGCUGCGCAUGCUCCGGCGAACCUUGGGCGUGCCUGUCUUGCCCAUCGGUCCGCUUAUCCGCCUCCCGACACAGCACACCAGCCACCGCGACAGCGUCAUGCGGUGGCUGGACGCCCGUGAGAAGUUGAAUUUGUCGGUUCUGUACAUCUCGUUCGGCUCCCAGAAUAGCUUACGGCCAGACCAAAUGAUGGAACUGGCCGCGGCGCUCGAGCUCACCGGCCGGCCAUUCCUCUGGGCCAUCCGGCCGCCCGUCGGGCUCAGCGACGACACCGAAACGUUCGGAUUGGACAAGUGGCUGCCGGAAGGGUUCGAGGAGAGGGUGCGCUCCAACGACACGGGUCUCCUGGUCCGCGGGUGGGCGCCGCAGCUGAGCAUCCUGGCGCACGCGUCGACCGGCGCGUUCCUGAGCCACUGCGGGUGGAACUCGGUGCUGGAGAGCGUGGCGCACGGCGUGCCCAUCAUCGGGUGGCCGCUGCAAGGGGACCAGUUCUUCAACUGCGAGACGCUGGAGCGGGAGUGGGGCGCCUGCGUCGAGGUGGCGAGGGGCAACGCCGAGGGCUCGUCGUCGGUGGUCGAACGGCAGCGGCUGGCGGAGGUCCUGGAGACGGUGAUGGGGGACACCGCGAAAGGGGCUGAGAUGAGGCGGCGCGUGAAGGAGAUUCAGGAGCUGAUCGGCAGCACCCAAGAGAAUGGCGGUGCUUCCUCCGCGGAAGCGUUAAAGAAUCUGUUCACCGCGAUGCUGCAUGCUACAGAUCAUAUUAAUGAUGGAUGA